AUGCAUUUCUCCACUAUUGCUUUAAUUGCUACCACUGCCGCUGCUGCCGAGACCUUCAACCUCCAAAUUGUCUCAGACGACUCUGAGCUCAAUGGCAGUGGCAUCCAGGGUCUCCACGAGGGGGCUGGUAUCAGCUACUUUGGUGUCUCUGGCCAGCUUGGACAAGAGUUUGAAUACGACGCCGAGAAGAAGACUCUUCACCAAGAACAGGGCACCUUCACCGCCAACGUCGGUACCAGCGGCAACUACUUUGCUGUGGGCCCAGCUAUCACUCCAAGUGAAGUCACCUUCGACGACGAGGGCAAGUUCGACAUUGGCCAGCAGCUUUGGGCCUGUAAGAACUUGACGGACCCAUACCGUUACUUCACUGACAGCUACGGUGUUGUUGUUGGUGAAUCUGCCAACGACAGCUGUGUUAAGAUUGGUCUUCAGAGAGUUGACGAGGCUACUGUCGAGGAGUCUGCUUCUCCUUCUGAAGCUUCUUCUUCCGAGGUCCCAGCCGCCCCAAGCUCGGCCCGUGCUGGUUGGAACACCACUGUCACUGACCAUGUCACUGUGACUGGCUUCACCACUUACUGCCCAAUUCCAACCACCUUGACCGUCACCACUUGUGAGAACCAGGCUUGUGGUCCAAAGACCAUCACUGUCUCUGAGCCAAAGACUGUCACUGUUACUGAAGAGUGUAUUGUUCCAAAGCCUUCUUCCGCUCCAGCUUCCGAAGCACCAGCUACUUCCCACCCAGAGGAGGUCACCAGUGCUCCAGAGUCUACCACUCCUGCCCCAUCUCCAAAGCCUACCACCCCAACCACCAUUGCCUCGGUGUCUACUUCUGCUCCAGCCCCAUCGUCUGCCCCAGGUGUCUCUUCUUUUGAAGGUGUGGCUGCAAAGAACGCUGCUGGUGCUGCUCUUGGCUUUGCUGGUGUUGCCGCUUUGUUGAUCUAA